UGCUGAUAAUGGCGAUUCAUUCAUAGUAAAAGAGGAAAUAAAAAUGUCAUUUAUUGAAAAAAUAUCAAUGAAAAGCUAGAAAAAUGCAAUAAAAUGUAAUAAAAAAAUAAUAGUUUUUAAAUUGAAAAGUAAUACGAUAAAAACAAAUUCAUUUAAUUCAUGACGUCAAAAUUCUGAGUAAAUGGAUCAAGAAAAAUUGCAUUGCCUAAGGUUCUGAGUGAAAAUGAAAUAAAAUGUUGCCGAUAAAAUUUUGAAAUAUUUUAUCGACGUAAAAACGCAAAUAAAUUAAAUAAAUAAAAAAAACCAGAAACAUUGACAGACGAGAACGACGCAGAUCAUCAGGCAGUUUAAAAAAAAAUACGCAACGUGUGAAAGAGAGAAAGCAAGAGGAAGUAAAAAUGCAUUUAAAUUAAUCUAAAAAAAUCGGUAAAACGCCAAAAACAAAAAUCAUCAGUAUACGUAAAAAAAGAAAAAUGUUGAGACUGAAGACGAAUUUAACUCGGAAUAGUAUUCCAACCUUGUUUUGUCUACUGAUUGUUUUAAUCGACGUCAUCCUUGCCAGCCAUGGUAAUACUAACAAUACAAUAAUUACAAAUAAUUUUAAUAGACUAAAAAAUAAAAAUUUACAAAACGAUCAAACAGUGACUGAUAAAUAUAAAUUAUCGCCCGAGCUGCAAAAAUGUAGUAAAUUGUUAAAUGGGAAAGACAUUUUUGUGGUUCCCUUUACGCCAACUGACGAUCCGCUGAUCAUCAAAGUGUCUGAAAAUGUUCAAGAUAAAAUAAUUGCCCACAUCUUUGCUCUAGCAUGCAACUUGAUGGGUCACCAAAACAUCAAACUGGACAUUAUACCGCCAUCGAGCAACGACAAAAGCGCUCUCGAACACAUGGAAUUCGAAGAGGUUUUUAACAAAGAACAGAAAAGAACGUACAGACUCUUUGUGGGCUUGAGUUUGAAAUAUCCUUCAGAUUAUCAAAGACAAUAUUAUGGGAUUUAUAAUUUAGGACCCCUAACGAAAAUGGGACGUUAUGUUUUGUAUUUUGUAUCGCAAAAUAACCCGCCUGACAGGGAGUUCCAAUGGGAUGUCUUGCAAUCCAAUAAUCAUGAAAUGAACGAAAACCUCACAAAAAUACUAAAAAUUAACCAAAUUAACAACAAUACGGAAAAUUGUGAGAAAAACUGCUCGAUAAUCAUUGCCCAACACAUAAAUGAGACGAAAUUCAUCAUCAAAUAUAUUAAAUUUUAUCAAAUAAGAGCGAAAGUUUUUUGGUUAGGAGCGAAUUUCAAAAGAAUAUUGAAGGAACUACUCACUGACCCCAACAACGAGUUCUUCGUGCUGCAUUGGGAUCCAUCAGAUAUCACAAAAGUAGUUCUAGAUUCCGUUGGAACUCCCGUACGGAUGCCUCCAUGCAACAAUUGGACCAAAUCUCCUUCAAAAGUUAAUCUCGAUUGCGUUUUCACCGAAAUUUCUAUGAACAAAUUUGUUCCAAAAACGGUGGCACAAAAUCAUGAUCUGAUGUUUUAUCUCCAAAAUAAAUUCAAAUUUACGGAAACGGAAUAUUUGGACCUGAUUACGGCAUUUGAGGCACAAAAUAAGUCUAUUCAUGAAUUUGCGUGCGAUUGGAUGACCGAUCAUGUAGAUUUUCAUCCAAGUCCAACAGAAUCAGUUAAUUUCAAAAUAAAAUUUGAGCUGAUGACGCGUGAUGGCCACAAAAAUGAUUCAAUUGUCGUUGCAGCGGAACUUGCGAAAAAUGACACCGAAAAGUUUCUACAAAAAUGCUAUUUGGAGCCUCUUUCUUCCGUUAGUUUCACGAAUGAUGACACAAUAAUGCUAGCACGAAGGUUUGUGGAUGAUAAAUAUCCCAUCAUCGUUGGGCCAACUAGAACAUCGGAAAUUCAGAAUCUUGCAGUUUUCACCAAACUAUACAAAAUACCGUUCGUGACGUAUACACCAGACAUUGGAUUAGAUCCCAACAGAUACCCACAACACUUUCAAACUGGAGCAGACAAUAGAAUCUACGUGAAGAUCAUUUUGGAGCUCAUGCGACAGUUCAAGUGGCAUCAAAUGGCCGUAAUUACAGAAGUUGGAGAGCCACACACGAAAUAUUUGGCUGAAAUGAAGCGGCAAUUCAGUCGUCAUGGGUACAGUUUGCUUGAAAAUUCGUUCAAAAGCGCAAACGACACGGAUAUUGGAGCAAUCCUUGCUAAUAUACAAGAAAAUGAUUACAAAAUAAUUUUCAUCGAUGUCGAACCGGAAUAUUUCAUGAAAAUCAUAAAAUUGGUAAAAAAUGACACUAAGUACUUGGAAUUUUUUGACAAAAGUUGCGUUUUUAUCACCACCAUCAACCUCCUGGAGCUUCGAGAUAUCUCUGAUCACAAGGCCAAAUUACUUCAAGGGACUCUUUCCAUUCUUCCUGCUACUUUUGAUACAACUCCAAACAAAUUUUUAACGUUACAUCCAAAUAAAACGGCUACUGACUGGCGACGCGACUUCAUAAAACGCCCAGAAUCGAAUAAUUCUGUGUUUCAAGCGUAUUCGGUAUACAGUGGAUACGUAUACGAUGCCGUGAUAGCUAUUGGCUUAGCUCUUCAAGAGAUUGAAAAGAAUUAUCGUCAUGCUUUAGCACCAAUUCGGAAAAUGGAGGACUUGACAUCCGUUCUAAUUGAAGUUUUGAGGACUAAAGUCAACUUUUACGGACAAACGGGACUCAAUAAUAUGCGGAAAAAGGACAUUAAUUUCGAAAUUUCUCAAUUUUGGGAUAGAAAAUACGAAAAAAGUGUAAUUUUUGACCACGUGACUGGCAAAAUAUCUGGAAAUGUAGGGAAUUUUCGAUGGCAAGGUGGUUUUGUUCCACAAGAUCAAACUUAUUGUGCUUUUGGAGUUCCUUGCAAACAUAUGUCGACGGUGAUUUUUAUCAUUGUUGCAUGUUGUGUGGUUAUCCUGCUGCCAUUGAUCUUCUUCUUGUACUUUAAACAAAAUUACAAACGAAAAAUCGAGGAGGCGAAAGAGAAUUUCAGACAAAAAGUGAAAGAAUUUGAUCUCGCAUCGUAUGAAAUCUCGCCGUCUGACGUGGAAAUCGUGGAAAGGAUCGGAAAAGGACAUUAUGCUGAAGUUUAUCUUGGAAGAUGUCGAUUUGAGAACGAAACACAAAAAGUAGCUGUAAAAAAGUUGAAAAACGAGACGAACCGGUUUUUCAGAGAAUUCUUCUACGAAAUGUACAUUUUGAAAAAUAUCAAUCACGAAAAUAUCGUGAAAUUUUUCGGAUUUUACUUUGAAGAAAGACUUCAUAUCGUGCUGGAGUACUUGAAAUUGGACAAUUUGAAGGCAUAUCUGAAGAAAUAUAAAUAUCUCCUAUUUGACGAUUAUAUUCACUGCGAAACCUCGCCAAGUCGUCUAACAAGUUUUGCGAAAGAUGUUGCCAGUGCGCUUUGCUAUCUCGAAACAUGCAACGUCGUGCAUCGCGAUCUUGCAGCGCGAAAUGUGCUUCUAAGUCCCGCCCACGAUCGAAUAAUCGCAAAAAUCAGCGAUUUUGGUCUCGCUGUCAACAUCAGCAACCAAACAAAUUACAUCCCACGUGACCCAAAUUUGUAUCCGUCGCUUCCGAUGCGUAUCAUGUCACCGGAAUCGGUGCAAAGCCGGAUUUACACUGCCAAAAGUGACAUUUGGUCGUUCGGCGUCUUGCUUUUCGAAAUCACCACUUUCGGUGCCUUGCCAUAUGCCGAAGUGCCCGACACCGAACUCGAGCGCUACAUUACCGAUGCGAAACCGCUCAAUUUGCCGCCAAAUAUCUCGGAUGAUCUCCGUGCGUUGAUUGAAAAGUGUUUGCAACGCGAUCCCGAAAGACGACCGUCGGCUGCGGACAUUGUGGAUGAACUUACGCGUUCUCCCAAAAUCUUGAGUGCGAGUGUCGAUGAAAAUGAUGCAACGGCGAGAGAUAGUUCGUCAGAUCCAUAUCGGUCGGAUACGGGAUACGGCACCGCGUCGACUAGCGGAAGUCAGAGACGUCCUCGCACUAUUACUUAUAGUUCUGUUGCCACGUCGGAAUGUGGUUCGGACACGUUGAUUCCCACCACAGUUGUGUCGGCAGGCUCAUACAUUCCAUAUAACUCGAUUAUUUCGGGAAAUUAUCACAUUGCGCCGAUGAUAACGAGCAAUCCAGAGUACUAUCUGCAAAUGAAUCCAAUAACCAGUAGAACGGAGACGAGCUCUGACCUAAAUAUCAAUGAAGAAAUAUUGUAGCCUAAUUUUAUCGUUUUUUAAAAUUUUCUAAAUAUUUAAAUAGUGUAGUUAAGGCCGAUUUAAAUGAAAUCCCAAAGGUUUUUUUUUCAAAAUUUGCCAAACUUGGGAGGCAGAAAAAAUUAAUGUUCAAAAAGAUCAUUUUUUUUUUGAGUUUUUGUCAUUUUUUUAAUGAAGCGACUAGGUUUUAUACUUUAACUGUUUAUCGCAUUAGAAUUUUGAUAAA